AUGUCAAACCCAUCUAAAGAUGUCGCCUCCCUCCUAUCAGACUACGACCUCAGCCAGCCACUCCCCACUUCGACAGGACUCCGCCAGGGCCUAACGGCGUACGGCGAUGCACACUUCUCGCUCUUCCUGCGCAAAGCAUUCAUCAAAGCCGCCGGCUACGGCGAGGACGCAUUAUCGCGGCCCGUCAUCGGCAUCGUCAACACGGGGUCGGGCUUCAACCCGUGCCACGCCAACGCGCCGCAGCUGGUCGAGGCGCUGAAGCGUGGGAUCCAGCUGGCCGGCGGCCUGCCCGUCGACUUCCCGACCAUUUCGCUGCACGAGUCGUUCGCGAGCCCGACGUCCAUGUUCCUGCGGAACCUGAUGAGCGUCGACACCGAGGAGAUGAUCCGCGCGCAGCCGCUCGACGCCGUCGUCACCAUCGGCGGCUGCGACAAGACGGUCCCUGCCCAACUCAUGGGCGCCAUCUCGGCCGCCAAGUGCCCCGCCUUGCCGCUCGUCACGGGGCCGAUGAUGCCAGGCAGUCAUCGCGGCGUGAGGGUUGGGGCAUGCACGGAUUGCAGGAGCAAUUGGGCCGCGUAUAGGGCUGGGGAGAUGGAUGUCGAGGAGAUUGCGGGGGUAAAUGAUGAGCUGGCGCCGACGUCCGGCACGUGCGGUGUCAUGGGAACCGCCAGCACCAUGGCAUGCAUCACUGCCGCCCUCGGCUUGAUGCCACUUCGGGGCGCCACUGCACCCGCCGUGUCUGCCGCGCGGCUGCGUAUCGCCGAGGAGACGGGCAAGAACGCCGUCUUCGCAGCCACCAACAAGGACCGGCUCCCCCUCCUGCCCACUGAUGUGCUGACGCGCGAGUCCUUUCUCAACGCCAUCACUGUCCUGCAGGCCAUUGGCGGCUCUACCAACGCCGUCGUGCACCUGCUGGCCAUCAUCAACCGGCACCCAACCCUGGCAGGCACCAUCACCCUGGCAGACUUCGACGCCGUGGGCCGCCGCACCCCGCUGCUCGUCGACCUCAAACCCUCCGGCGCCAACUACAUGACCGACUUCCACAACGCGGGCGGCAUGCCCGCCCUGCUGCACCAACUGCGCCCGCUCUUGCACCUCUCUGCCCGCACCAUCACCGGCGCCACCCUGGGAGAAGCCCUCGACUCGUCGGGCUUCCGCCCCUUCGCCGCAUCCAGCCAGAUCGUGCGGCCGCUCUCGGACCCGCUGUACGCGGCGUCGUCGCUCGUCGUGCUGACGGGCAACCUCGCGCCGCGCGGCGCCGUCAUGAAGGCGUCGGCGUCCAAGGACCGACGGCUGCUGCAGCACAGCGGGCCCGCCUGCGUCUUCGCCGACGCCGCCGACCUGGCACGCCGCAUCGACGACCCGGCGCUGCCCGUCACGCGCGACUCGGUGCUGGUGCUGCAGAACAUCGGCCCGCGCGGCCACCCGGGCAUGCCCGAGGCCGGCCUGCUGCCCAUCCCGCGCAAGCUGGCCCGCGAGGGCGUCGCCGACAUGGUGCGCGUCAGCGACGGCCGCAUGUCGGGCACCGCCGGCGGCACCGUCGUGCUGCACGUCAGCCCCGAGGCGAAGGAGCUCGAGAGCGUGCUGGGCAUCGUCAGGGACGGCGACGUCGUGAGGGUCGACCUGGAGGGCCGCCGGCUGGACGUUCUGCUGGGCAACGACGAGAUCCGCGCCAGGAUCGAGGAGAGGAAGGAGAUGGAGAGGAAGCGGGAAGAGGCCGAGGCUGUGGACGCGACGGCUGCGGGAAAGCCGAGGCAGGUGAGGAGGGGCUAUAGAGCCCUGUAUGAUAGGUCUGUGAAUCAGGCAGAUGAGGGAGCUGAUUUUGACUUUUUAACUGCGCGGGGAAUAUGA